AUGCCUCGCAAAUUUUUGGGCAAUAAGCUUGAUCGGAAUUUGGAUUUUGUGAGGCCAGCGUCUCUUGAUGUCACUAGCUUCGAUCUAAACAACUUGCCCGAUCUACCUGACUGGAGCUCGAAGGAAUUCGUAGAAUCCGAGAAUUUUUUAAACACUGGAAAUGAUGGGCGACGUAUCUCAAGAGCAUUUGGCGGAACUGUGAAGCUGAAAAAACGACUGAGUUCAGUUCCGGAGCUUUUGAUGCACAGAGCUGGACGAUUAGAACAGAAAGAGGCCGAAAAUAAGGAUUCAAACCGUGCGUUCCCGAUCCCCAAACCCGCCAUAACCAAAUCGUCACAGCAGAAAAUUCCCGUAAAUAACCAUCAAGUUCCUAAAGAUGUGAAAAGUGCAGACCAAAAAAAAAUACUCGCAAGACCAGUGGUGCCGAAACGAGCUAGUCGGACACAUGCCUCGUCCCCGCUAGCCGGUCCGCCGAUAAUGGGCCAUCAUACAAGUGUCAUGGCUUUUCCAGCGAUCGCUAGCACUUCCAUGAACAUGCGACACAGUCGUUCAAGAUCGAUAGGCGAGGUGCUCUUCGAUGAAAUUCUGACAGCAUACGGUGCGCUUCCAGAGGACCAAAAAUCAAAAAGUCGGACAGUUGUGCGGAAAAGUUAUGAACAUCCCGUCAAUCGACAGCUGAAGGCUGCUUUUUCAGCUUCGAAGAAACAAAGUACCGCUUUUUUUGACCCAGUCAUUCGCGUUGAAGACAAUGACCAGCAAGGCAUAGCUCAAUUGGGCGAUGUUGGGAAUGCAGAACCAGUAAUUGAAGAAUCUCUUCCCAGUCCAUGCUAUUUCAAUUCCAGUGGAUCUGAUCCAUCAAGUUCUGGAGAGGAGUUUUCAGACAUUGGCAGCAUAAUCAGCAGUCUCAAAACCCCACGCAGUGUGAAGACCCACGAAGGUGAUGACGAGUCUGCUGCGGAGGCAUAUUUUUCUGCGGACGACAAUCUAACGAGCCCCGGGAAAGUCAGCGUUGCAAGCUCACUGAAAAUACAGCAGCCUCUGUCCAGAUGCUCACUACGGCAUGUUCGCACCAGUCAAGUGAAUCCAAUCAUUUUCACGCUUGACGACGAUCUUUCGGAAGACUGUGGAGGAUCUGACGAAGAGCAUCAGGACCGUUGCAUUACCGAUCUACAGGAAGAAUUAACAGAUCUGGAGAUCGCUGAUACUUCUAGUUCGAUCUACAACGAAUAA